GUCAACUUCAGUUACAGAAAUGCAGUAGUAGAGGACAAACCUUUAGCACUGAUAUUAGUGGUUUUAUUUAAAAAAAGAGAUCAAACAUAAACCAAAUUACCAGGACCUGCAGAACUCCAUUUUACAGAAGAUCAGAAUGAGCUCGGACCCUCGUGACAAGUUUCGCAGUAACAAAAAACAUUCCAGAUCUCCCGCUGGUCCAAAUGUCAGCGCUGCAGCUCGGAGUGGAGGCCAUGUUACAGCACCUGUACUCGCUAACAAUACGAUAACAGGCAAUGUUCACAUCAUACAUAAUGCACCUGGUGCUGCUGGGUAUCACACACACUCUGAGAAAACUCAAACCUCAGAAAUCAAACCAGUGAUUCACAAAUAUAAGAAGCUGAUCUGCAGUGAGUAUCAGUAUGUGAGCGAGUAUAACUCACUGCCUGGUGAAGCGGUGCUGCUGUCUGAGCGCUUCACACAACCUCUGAUCAUUCCGAAAUACAGAGAUCAGAAAGAGAGAGAAGAAGAGAUCUGCUCCAGCUUCAGCUCCAGGAGCAGUGAUGGAUCUGUCCAUCUGAACUCUCUGUUCGAUCCAGAUAGUCGCAGAAUCAAUCCUAGAGCUGUUAUACUGCAGGGGAAUUCUGGGAAUGGGAAAUCCUUCACUGUGCAGAAGAUCAUGAUGGACUGGGCAUCUGAUGACCUCUACAAAGGGCGGUUUAAUAUUGUCUUCCACUUAAAGUGUAAAGAAAUAAAUCGCUUGUCUGGAAAAAAGAGUUUAGUGGAGAUCUUGAGCUACAGCUGCAGUUUAAAAUCAGAUCAGAUCUCACAGAUUUUACAGCAGACGCCAGAGAAGGUGCUUUUCAUCAUUGACGGAUUUGAUGAGCUGAGACUCACCCAGGACGGAUAUCCCGAGUCACCACACACCGAUCUGCGUAAAAGAGCCCCAGCUGAGGUCAUUCUCUGUGCUUUGUUGAGGGGUCGAAUCCUGCCAGAGUCCUUCCUGCUGGUCACCACCAGAUCUACAGCUACAGACACACUGAGCAGACUGCUCAAAGGACCUCAGGGAUUCACAGAGAUUAUGGGGUUUUCAAAAAAGGGGGUCAAGGAGUACUUCCAGAGAUUCUUCCGGAAUGAGGAAUUCUUCAGGAAAGCUUAUGAAUAUGUGGAGGCAAAUGAAACCCUCAUCACCGCCUGCUCCAUCCCUGUUAUCUGCUGGAUCAUCUGCACUGUUAUGCGAGAGAGAUUCAGUGACGGCUCAGGUUUAACAAGCGGACUUGAAACCACCACCUCCAUCUACGUUGACUUUGUGUCCACUCUACUGGAGCAUCACUGCCAGGGUCUGAGUCAGUCCGUCCCGACCCUGCUGAGGAGUCUGGGUCAGAUGGCAGAGAAAGGGAUGCUGGAAAAGCAAGUCUUGUUGGAUGAGAAGACUGUUUAUGAAAUGGUUUCAGACCCUGCUGGCAGUCCAUUCCUGAGUAAGUUCCUCUUUAAGAGAAGAAUCCGCCAGGAGAUGAUGUUCAGUUUCAUGCAUCUCAGCUUUCAGGAGUUUUUCACGGCUCUGUACUACGUCUCACUGGAUGAAAAUGAGUUUAAGGAGAAAUUCACAAAGGUGUGUUUGAAGGGACGAUUUGGAGCUGUAGUGAAGUUUCUUUUUGGUCUAAUGAAUGAGGAUGUUAGGCACACGCUUAAGAGCAAACAUGGUGUGUUUGCUUGUCCGAACACACAGAACAUUCUGAAAGAAUGGCUCUUCGAAUACAGUCAUUCUCUCGACACUCUUCAUCAUCUCUUUGAGCUCCACGAAGAAAGUUUUGUGAAAGAAGUUCUGAAUGAGAAGAACAGUGUUUCUGUUCGGUAUACACGUCUAAGAAGAACAGACUGCUGGGCCCUGCUGUACUGCGGUCAGUGCUGUCAGAGCAUAAAAGAAUUGAGUCUCCAUGGAUGCGAUUUAACACCUGAAAAAUUGGCUAUGAUUCUGCCGGUGCUCCACAAGUUUGAGAAAGUAGAGUUGACUCCAGAAUCACAUUCUGAUUUGGUUGUUGUAAUUCAUGCUGUCUUGAGGAGACGGACACUGAGCUCACAGAGAGUUGAAAUUGAGGCACCCAUGUUUAUCCGUGAAGGUCCCAGAGGAGAGGUUGAUAAAUGUACCAACUAUAGUACAUCAGUUGAUUUGUCAAUCAGCGAAGAACUGUCCAGCAUCCAUAUACAUACAAACAGAACCGUUAUGCCUGAAUUCACCCUCACGUUUCUACAAUCCAGUAUAAUUAACUUUGACUGGACAAACAUCUUUCGAGAAAUUCAAACUUGGACAGAAAUUAAAGACUGGACCGAAGAUAUGCCACUGCUCUCCCUCCAAUCUUUGCCUGGAUUGAAAAAGAUGGAACUGAGUGUGUACAAUCUGACUAAGCAUUGCAUUAGUCAAAUCAUCUCUCUCAGUGAAAACUGCCCGAGUCUGAGUGAACUCAGGAUAAAUUGUGAGCAUGUUCCAGAGGAUGGACUCGAGGCUUUGCAGAAGUCACACUCAAGGCCAGACUGUGCACUGACAUUUCAAUGCAUGCCUAACUUCAUCCAACGUGGGACAAUUUAUCGGAAAAUGUAUCUGAAUGCAGAGGGCUUUUCUAUGGAGGCCUGGCAACCGGGGACUGUAAGAUCCUUGUUUCCAAAUUAAGCUACAGAAUGAAAACUAGGAGUGAACUAGACGACUGUCCUCAGACCUGUGGAUGGAGAUUUGGAGCGUCAUUCUCUUUUCACUAAAGCAAUGUAAAUAUUAUGUAUGCAUGUCUUAACUUUGUUUUGACAGUAGAACAUUUAAUGUGCAUAACUUAUAUCAUGUAAAAAAAUAAUAUGAUACUUGAUUUUAUGCACCUGUACCCAGCGUGGUUUUGUUUGUGUACACUUUUUUAUAUAUAAUUCUGAGGAUGUCUACCACAAGCAUAUUAAGUGUAAAACAUAAAUGUAUAAUCUCAUUAAGCAAUAGUAUUUAUGUGCAUAAAGUAUGUUUCAUAAUUGACAGUAACAACAGAUCAAUUUCUUUUGAUGUUUAAUUAUGCGUUAAAGAUUGCUUAAUACUUAAAUCACAUUUAAUCUGUUGAUUUGAUUCAGAAUUAUUAUUUGCCCUUAGAAGGUACAGUAUCGUACAGACAAGUGACAAUGACGUCAUGAGGGCGUGGAAACCGUUUAUUUGUGUGUUAAAGAUAAAGAAUUGUAAAGUCAGAAUGUUUUAAGUUGAGAAGGAGAAGGAAAGUAGAGAAGUGUUCAAACAUUUAUUAGUUUACAAAUAAUGUGUUAUGAAUGCAAGUAUGAUUUAGGAUUGCUGUAUUUUAAGUUGCCUAGAAAUUUGACUUUCGUAGACAAUUUGCUUUCUAACAUUUCUAGAUGAAAAGACAUUAUGGAAGCUUAUGUGAUGAUUUAAGUUUAUCCCUAAAGAGGUCAUGAACUGCAUUGUUUUAUUGUUUUAUAAUGUUUCCUGGGGUGCACUUAUAAUGUUAGUAUGAUUUUUACGUCAAAAAUCAUCAUAAUUUAGAAAUAAAAGGCAUUUUUCCUA